AUGACAUCCUCUUUGCAAGAGUAAACGCGAUUCUAAAGUCAUCUAUCUCUUUUCUUCGUCACCAAUCUCCCACAAUCAUUCGAGAAUAUGUGCCUUGUGAGGGCACUCGCAACUGGGGCGUCCGUCAUCUUCAGCCUGGUGGAUGCUCUUCCCAGUCGCGCCCAUUCAUUCGCAAGGAGACAGAUAUCCGACCUUCGAGAUGAAUAUGAUUUCGUCAUUAUCGGCGGCGGAACUGCCGGUUUGACUGUUGCCCAUCGAGUUUCAGCUGCUUUGCCUGGGAAGACUGUCCUAGUCAUUGAGUACGGCAAGAUUGAAGGCACUGUUGGUCACUUCGACCCGCCAGAGGAUGGCCGCGGUGCCAGCCGACUCGUCAUUAACUCACCUCCUGUCGCCAGCGUCAACAACCGUGCUGCCACCGUCAUACUGGGGUUGACUGUCGGAGGAGGAUCGGCCAUCAACGGCCAGGUCCUGGAUCGUGGAUCAAAGUACGACUAUGACGAGUGGGCCAGGCUCGGGAGCCCCCAGUUUGACGAUGCUGCUGACAGCUGGGACUGGGAGCAUUUUGGCCCCAGUUUCGAGAAGUCUCUCUUCCUCACCGAGCCAAGCGAUGAUCUUGUCGACGAGUACGGAUACACCUGGGAUUCUUCCUUUUACAAGGGCGACUCGAUCGAGGCCUCAUUCCCACCAUUUCAAUGGCCCGUGCAGCACAUCGGCCGAGAUGCGUACGAAGAGAUUGGCGUUCCCCAACCCAAGACAUGUGACGGCGGUGACAAGCACGGCCUCUGCUGGGUUCCCACAGCCCAAAACUCGCAGACCGUCCAACGCUCCCAUGCCGGUGAUGGGCACUACGCGCGCGUCGCCCACUCCCUGCCCAACCUCGACCUCCUUGUUAAGCACAAGGUAACUCGUCUAGUCACUGACAAGGCAGAAACAGUCCCCGGCGUUGAGGUCCGCGCUUUGUCCGGCGGUGAUGUGAAGACCAUCCGCCCGAGGCGGGAGGUCAUCCUCUCAGCUGGCGCGAUUCACACUCCACAGAUCCUCCAGCGAAGUGGCAUUGCUUCUGCCAAGUACCUCCAAUCUGAGGGAAUCAAAGUUGUCGAGGAUCUUCCUGGUGUAGGCCAGAACUUUCAGGAUCACUGUGGCGUGCCAAUUGUUUUCAAUUACGAUUCUCCGUCACCCAUGGAGUCUGACAUGACCACAAACGAGACCUUCGCUGCUGAGGCCGUCGCCCAGUUUCGUGAGCGUCCCGCGCGUGGUCCAUACACCCUUGGGAUGGCCAACAGUAUUGCCUACCAGCCGCUCCGAGAUGUGACUCCUAAAUGGGAGAAUAUCGUCGCCGACAUUCGAGCGCAGAUCGAAGAUCGCUCUGCUCUGCAGUAUUUACCAUCGACCGCCGCAGACACCGUGCAGAACGGCUACCUCGCCCAGCUCGAGAUCCUUGCUCAAGCUCUAGAGCACCCUGAGCACCCGAUACUGGAGAUGCCAUUCGCCACUGGUCCUGAGACCGCCUUCCUCCUGAAGCCUCUCAGCCGCGGUUCAGUCGUCCUGAAUACUUCCGACCACGAUGCUACACCGAUCGUCAACUACGCCACAGGGGCCAACCCCAUCGACCUCGACAUUAUGGCUACCUACGUUGACUAUUUCCGUCGGCUCUACUCCACAAGCACUUGGCAGGAACGAAAUGCCGUUGAGGUGGCUCCAGGUGCUAAUGUCACAGAGCACGAUGCUCUGGUUGAAUUUGUCAGGGACACUGUCAUUCAGUCCUUAAUGCAUCCUUGUUGCACAGCGGCUAUGCUCCCGCGAGAGAAGGGCGGUGUUGUUGACUCCAGUCUGUCGGUGUAUGGUAUCUCUGGUCUUCGUGUCGCUGAUUGCUCUAUCAUUCCAACGUUGCCAGCUGCUCACACAACGACGCCGGCAUAUGCAAUCGGUGAGAAGGCUGCUGAGAUUAUCAUCAAAAAGUGGGAGUCCGCUACGGAAAAGGCUUGA